UUGAACUCUUUCGGCCACCGUCACCAGAUCGUCUCCUCUAUCUGUGCGCCUGCGCGCUGCUGGAGCGUCGUCCAUUUCUCCAUCCGGAAGGACGUUGGUGUUAAGGGAGAAUAUAGCUACCAUGUCUUCCAGUGCUUUGGCAAAACCUCAGAUGCGUGGCCUUCUGGCCAAGCGUCUGCGAGUUCAUAUUGUUGGAGCAGUCAUUGUUUCCCUGGGGGUUGCAGCUUUCUAUAAGUUUGCUGUGGCUGAACCAAGGAAGAAGGCAUAUGCAGAUUUCUACAGAACUUACGAUUCCAUGAAAGAUUUUGAGGCGAUGAGGAAGGCUGGUAUUUUUCAGAGUGCAAAGUGAUUUCAGAGUGUAAAGAAUUUGAGUUGAUUUCCACGGAAGUUUGUCACUGAGCUGUGUUCCUGAACUAUGAAACAUGGAUAUUUGGGCUAAGGGAUAGUUUCUCUUGGUAAAUAAACAAUUAAAUGUUGUGGAGA